AUGAGCGGGACACCAACCCAGGGUACCGGCCUGCGGUACCCUUCGAACAAGAAGAGCAUUUACGACCGCAACCUGAAUAGGAGCAAGAAUGCGGAGCUUAGCAGGGCGGCCUUUGCGUACCUGUUCAUCGAGAUGAUUGCAUACGCGCAAAGAGGGGUCUCGAACGUGGGGGAUCUGGAGCAAAAACUCAACACACAAGGUUAUCCAAUCGGUCUGCGACUCCUCGACCUCCUGCUAUCUCGUUCCUCCAAUCCACUCGCAAGCAUACGACCGACCCGAAUCCUCCCACUCCUCCAGUUCAUCGCGCAGACAUUAUAUCGGCACCUUUUCGGGCGGCCCGCAGAUGCGUUGGAGAAGUCGAGUACAGAACCCGGGCAAUACAUGCUUUUCGACAACGAACCCAUGGUCAAUCAAUACAUAUCGCUGCCGAGAGAGCUUAGCAGUCUGAAUUGCGCGGCCUUUGUAGCCGGCGUGAUAGAAGGAGUAUGCGAUGGCGCAGGAUUCCCGACAGAGGGAGUCACAGCGCAUAGCGUAGGCGAACAGGACCAGGCAAAAGACGCGAAGGCGAUGUGGCCAGACAAGACAGUGUUCCUGAUCAAGUUCAAGCCAGAGGUGCUGGAGAGAGAGGAGAUACUUGGAAGAGGCGGCGGCUAA